AUGGAUUUCUUUUUUAUUAUAUGUUCCACGCUUUUUUUGUUAAUCAUCAGCUAUCUACGCCAUAAAUAUCAAUAUUGGGAGCUACGUGGUGUAGCACAGCUAAAAAUGAAUUUCCUCUAUGGAAACUUCUUCCGCAUAAAAACCAUACAUAAAACAGAAAUCUUCCACGAAGUCUAUCAAAAGUUUCGUGGUAAGACAAAAGUAGUCGGCACAUAUAUUUAUACCAAACCAAUUGCGAUUAUACUCGAUCUCGACCUGAUAAAGUCGAUAUUAAUAAAGGAUUUCAAUAAAUUCACCGAUCGUUUCGAACGCGACCGUAACCCGACAAACUCAUUAAGUAACAAUGUUUUUUCAAUGCCCGGUGAGAAAUGGCGUCCACUACGCAUAAAGCUUUCACCGACCUUCACAUCGGCGAAAAUGAAGUUUAUGUUUCCCACGCUGUUGACGGCAGCGCAACAAUUGGAAGAGGCUUUCAGCAAAGAGUUGUCCAAAACAGCGAGUGGUGUUAUUGAAUUACACGACUUAAUGGGUCGCUAUACAACCGAUGUGAUUGGUUAUUGUGUCUUCGGCAUUGAAUGCAAUAGUUUGAAGGAUCCGAAUGUUGACUUUCGUCGCAUAGGACAUACUAUUUUUUAUCGGCAGUAUUACUCCAUACGUUGGCGCACAUUCAUGCUCACUUAUCCGAUUAUGUUUAAAAUACUACAAUUCUUCAAGGUCAAACGUAUCCCCAACAAUGUCGAAGAGUUCAUAUUUCGUUUGGUGCGUGACACAGUGCGUUAUCGUGAAGAGCACAAGGUGGAGUGUAACGAUUUCAUGAAUCUAUUAAUUGAAUUGAAAAAUACAAAGGACUCGGAAGGUGUGCAACUAAUGAGUAUUGACGAGCUGGCAGCGCAGGUGUUCGUAUUCUUUGCUGCUGGCUUUGAGACCAGCUCCAGUAAUAUGACUUAUGGGCUAUUUGAGUUGGCAAAGAAUCAGAGAGUACAGGAUAAGUUGAGAGCGGAAAUUAAAAUGGUGCUGAAUAAACAUAAUGGCGAGUUAACAUAUGAUGCUAUGAAAGAGAUGACCUAUUUGGAUCAGGUUAUAACUGAAACUCUCCGUAAAUAUCCAGCACUCGGUGCCAUCACUCGUGUCUCCGUUGACGCAUAUAAAGUACCCGAUACCAACAUUACACUCGAAAAGGAUACAAACAUCUUUAUACCCGCCAAAGAGAUACAUUAUGACCCGGAUAUCUAUGACAAUCCAAAUGAGUUCCGCCCGGAGCGUUUCGACCCGGCAGAAAUGGAAAAACGUCAUCCGCAAGCUUUCCUUGGAUUCGGUGACGGACCACGUAAUUGUAUUGGUCUCCGUUUUGGACGUAUGCAGGUGCGCGUUGGCUUGAUAACUGUGCUCAAAUCUUAUCGCUUCAGCUUAUCAGAAAAGACACCAACAGAAUUGGAAAUUUCUAAAGAUCAUAUCGUGCUCGUGCCAUGUAGCGAAGUGUGGUUGAAGGCAGAAAAAAUAUAAAGAUAGACGAAUGUAUUUAGUAAUAGUAUAUUUUCUUUUUAUGUUUAUGGAUUUUUAUAAUUUCUUUUAAGUAGUUUUCGACUCAGAGAAUUUAGAUUUACCAGUAAAUGAAUAUGGAACUAUUGUCUGUCUAAUAUAACCAGUAAUUUUCAGGGAUGUUAUUUGAUACCAUUUCAGUUGAAGAAUGAUCUGUACAAUAUGUAGCUCUAACUGAAAUAUUAAAUAACUAUACAUGGUAUGUACAUAUGUAGAUAUGCACUUAGUCCUGUCAUAAGUUCUGCUGCAAGUUCAAGCCGUUAUAAAGAUGUAACUGUAAUAAAAUUUUGAAUAAAGGUUAUUGUGUGUAAUAAUGGAUAUAAUAGAUAA